AUGGCGUCGCUUGCCCAGGGGCCGCCUGCGAACCCAGCACCAGAGGACCAGUUCGGAUCGCUGAGGCGAGAGAACCGAACGCUGAAGCUGCUGCUCGCAGGCUGCUUCAUGGCAGGAGGCCUGCUGAUGGCCGUCCAGCAGUACCGCCUCGGGCCUCCGGGCGGCGCAGGCUCGGGUUCCGAGGCCUUUCGCGCGGCGGGCGAGGCGAGCGGGACUGCCAGGGAGUUCCUCGCGGUGGGCGAGGCCGAGGACGCAGCGUCGGCGCAGAUGAGGACUCGGGUCGAAGAGAAGCCCGCUGCCAAGGACGACAUCGAGAUCCCCGAGUUCUUUGACACACGAGACGAGUGGAUUGGUUGCGGGACAUUCGUGGUUGACCAGGGACAGUGCGGCGAUUGCUGGGCGGCCUCCGCAGCAAACACCUUCGGCGACAGGAUCUGCAUCCACCUCCUGGAAGGUGGCGCGCCCGUCACGUUACCACAUGCAGGAGCUCGUGGCGCUGGGGUGGCUCAGCGGAUGUUCCAGCAGGCGGGCAACUGCAUCGGCCAGGGGACGAUGGGCAAGGCCCACGAGCACGGCUGCGAGCGCGGGGCUCUCUUUGUCAGCCCGCAGCCACUGGUCAGCUGCGGCAAUAUGCACAACAGGGACGAGCCCACCUACAAUAAGUACCAUAAUGACAGUGGCUACAGCCCCGGCCAUACGCUCUACCCUUCGAGCGUGGGAUGCGAUGGCGGAGAAGCCCAGGAUGCCUGGCGCUUCUUCUACCACGAGGGCCUCACCAUCAUGGACUCCACACAGCAGGGCGGCUGCACGCCGUACACCUCCGGCCUGUGCUCGGGAAAGGACCCCAAGGGGAACGGCUGCCACCCGUGCGAGUUCUCGCAGUGCGCCGACACCGGCCUUAAGCCGGAGCGCUUCACGGUGAACUCUUUUGGCUGGAUCAUGGAAGAGGACCUCCCAGCGCGCGGCUCGUGGGGUGAUGAUGAGGCUUUUUCGGGCGACGACAGCACCGGCCACUAUCGUCCGCGUUCGCAGCAGGCAGCCAUGGACCGGCAGGUCCGGAAGAUGCAGAUUGAGAUGAUGACCAACGGCCCGCUCCACACCUGCAUGGACGAUUUCGCCAAUUUCGAUGAUUUCUAUAACAAUUACCCUCAGGGCAUCUAUAACAGCACGGAAGGCUCUCCGAACACAGGCGGUCAUUGCAUCGAGCUUGUCGGUUGGGGCACUGAUCGUGCAACGGGCAUGCCGUAUUGGACUUGGAAGAAUUCGUGGGGCCCGAAUUUCGCAAACGGCGGUUUCGCACGCUUCAUCCGUGGCAAGGACCUGGCUGGGAUCGAGAGCGAGGUGUGGGUUGGGUGUCCUACUGGAAGCUUGUGCAAGCUCACGGCAGGGGUGUUUCACAACGAAACAUGGGUGCCCAGGCAUGCGUACCACCCCACAACAGCCGGGCCGUCUUCCACAUCCGCUGCGAGGCCAUCCCGCAGCUGGCCAGGCGGCAGGGAGGUGGAGCUGAAACGCGCUAAAUUCGAGCAUCCGAUGGUGGCCCCUCUGGUUGUCGCGGCCGUGCGCGCGGCUCGUGGCAACCCGAGCAUGUCGUCCGAAGCCGCCUUGGCAGUGACGCGACGCGUCUGGGCCCGGAGUGUGCGUGGAUUGCGGGUGCGCGUGGAGCUCGACAGUGCCAACGGUAUCGUGAGCCAUGGCUACGCCCAUCGCCACAUGGAGGGUCAUGUCACUGCUGGAUUUUGA